CCAACGGUCGAAUUGCAUCCGAGGAAAAGCCAGAACCCCAGAGAGAGAGGGAGCAAUGGCGCCGAGGAAAUCGUCAAACAGCAAAUCAAAGUGGAAGAGAAAGCCGCGGCAGACCGAAACCCAAAUACCUGCACCGCAUCAAGUAGAAGAAGCAGAGGAAGUUGACGGAACGGGAAACAUCGAAGAAGAUGACAAUGGAGGAAAUAGAUUCUAUGCUUGUUACCUACUCACUUCCCUCUCUCCUCGUUCCAAAAACUUCACUUAUAUCGGAUUUACAGUUAAUCCACGUCGUAGAAUCAGGCAGCACAAUGGGGAAAUCAAGUGUGGGGCGUUCAGGACAAAGGGAAAACGCCCCUUGGCAAUGGUGUUCUGCAUCUAUGGCUUCCCAACUCAAGUCUCUGCUCUCCAGUUUGAGUGGGCGUGGCAGCAUCCAAGGGAAUCGAAAGCCGUUAGGGAGGCCGCGUUGAGUUUCAAAUCCUUCUCUGGAGUGGCUAAUAAUAUCAAACUUGCCUACACUAUGCUUGGCCUUCCUCCUUGGCAGAGAUUGAACUUGACUGUAAACUAUUUCUCGACGAAGUACGAAAAUUGUUCCCCUGGUUUGCCUAGUCUGCCACAGCAUAUGAAGGUCCAAGUUUGUCCCAUGGACGACCUCCCUUGCUACACUGGAACAUUUGAUGACGGUUUGCUAGACGACGGGGAAGAUGGAGGGGAGAAUCGCUUUGGUGAUGACAAUGCGUGGGAGAAUGGCAGUGACUUGAGUGGAAUUGCAGAGGAGAAUGUGGCUGAACGUGAGGAAGGCGGAAAAGGGCAGAGUUCAUUUGGAGGCAAAGAACGAUUGGGAAAUGGUGAAGAUGAUGAAGAAUCAGAUGCCAGAAGCGAUAUGUGUGGAAAUGAGGUAGAAAGCUCCACGAUUGAUGCAGUAGCUCAUCACAUUGCCGUCGACUAUGCAGGUAGCAUUGACAUUGGUCACAAAGAAAACUGGGGAUGGUACGAUGAAGAGCCAGACUGGAGACACACAAGCUUUUCCCCUGACUCGGAACUAGAUCAUCAUAUGGAUACUUCCAACUUCGAAAGUAUUCCCGGAAGAAGAAUUGCUCCUGUUCUUAGAGAUAUGGGAGAUGGGAAUUUGUUGGUGGUAAUAGAUGAUGGGAGUGAUUCAAAACUGGGAUCCAUUAAAAGGAAAGAAUCAACCAGUAGUGCUGUUGCUGGCGGAAACGCAGCAGCAGCUAUCCGCAGUUGUGGUCGUCAAAUUGAGGUCAUAGAUCUGUUGUCCCCAUCUCCAGAAUGCACAAUGUGGCCAUUCAGCAAGAGGUCAAGAUUUUCUGGUGCUGUUUCUCCCAAAAUCAUCGACUUGACUUGACAUUAGCAAGAUCCACAGUUUUGUCCAACGAUUUGGUUGGACUGAUAAUAAGCUAAGAGUGAAUUAUAAUCCUAUUUCGAAUGCUGCAAUCGUCUAUCGUCUCAAUGUUUGUAAGCUAAGAGUGAACAUAUGGACGGAUACUAAAGAGGUUAUUGUAACUGCCUUUUAUACUUCACCAUAUAGAUUCGAUAACGCAGUUAUCAAUACAAGAGUUUCGGGGGUAUUCCAGAUACAUACAUUAAAGCUGAAGCACAGCAAAACGUCAAAAAGGGGACACAAACAAUGAAACAAAUGAACACAACAGCAAAAAGUGAAGAGCUUUGCCAAUUCACAAAAUUAUACAGAGAUGAGAUUUCGGAGAAACUGCCAAUCAGCGGCGAGUAUCUCACCAAAGGACUAGAGUGAGUUGCUGAGCUAUUCUGGUCACUGUAUCAUUGCUGCAGCGGCUGUUGCUGUUGCUGUGGCGGUGGAAGAUACUGUGCUUCUUCCUGCUGCUGGGGUGGUUCCUUUUCACCCUGCCAAGCCCAGACAAUAUCAUCCAGUGCAGAUCGCAUGCCAUCUUUCACUACCUUCUGAUACUCCAUUGUAUCCCCAUUUGAUUUCUUCACUUCCACCAAAUGAAAGUUAGGUGCAACUUCAAAGAUUUCAGCAUCAAUGGUCAACAAACCCUUUCUACCCUCCUUAACUCCUUCCAUCCUCAGUAGCCCUGGUUCUCUCUUCAUCACCUUCAUUUUCAGAAGCUUGGCGGUAUCCUCAAGUCUAGAAAUUAUGACCGAUGCAGGCUGUCUAGAAGUAAACCUGGUUUCUCUUCUCAGUAAAUCUUCUUCAAAGAGUCCAGAUAGAUCAAACCCAGGUGAGAGAGAGAUUAUAUCAAAUGCAUUCAAGUUUGAAGGUUUCAUCGGUUGUUCUUGUUUUGCUUCCUCGGAGGGCAUGCUGCUACCAUAGCUAGAAGGACCUGAUCCAUCUCUACUCAAAGGAGCCUCAGCUUUGGUUUCAGUUUCUUCCAGUUUUCUCUGUUUGUUGGAGUUCAAUCCUUUCUUAAACCAGGAACUUUCUUUAAUCUUGGCCAUGGAUAUCCUUGUAAUGGGAAUUUGGAUCCAGUAUCUUGGACAAAAGUCUUCUAACUUCUGGGGCAAACCAAUUAGGGCAUUUGAAUUCAGCUUUAGCGAUUUUCCUGUACAACUCCAUCAGGUUCGAAUCAUGAAAUGGCAGAUAACCUGCCAAUAGCACAUAUAGAACCACCCCACAAGACCAGAUAUCAGCUUUGGCUCCAUCAUACCCUUUCCUGUUAAUAACUUCAGGAGCAACAUAUGCAGGAGUUCCACAGGUAGUAUGAAGUAAACCAUCUUGGCGCCUGGAUUCAGCAAGAGCACUUAAUCCAAAAUCCGAAACCUUUAGAUUCUCAUUUUCAUCUAACAGCAGAUUCUCUGGCUUAAUGUCCCGAUGGUAAACACCCCUGCUGUGGCAGAAAUCAACAGCAUUGAUCAGUUGUUGGAAGUACUUCCGAGCAGCGUCUUCCUUCAACCUUCCUUUAGCAACCUUGUUGAAGAGCUCACCUCCUUUUGCAUAUUCCAUGAUGAAGAAGAUCUUGGUUUUAGUUGCCAUGACCUCAUAAAGCUGAAGGACAUUCGGAUGUCUAACAAUUCUCAUCACGGAAAUUUCUCUCUUGAUUUGAUCAGCAAGCCCAACUUUCAAAACCUUGUCUUUAUCAAUCACUUUAAUUGCUACACUCUGGUUUGUUGUAAUGCUCCUUGCAUAAUACACCUUAGCAAAAGUCCCUUGACCAAGCAACCUCCCGACCUCGUAACUUGCAGUCAACACACUCGGUUUAUGAUCCAUCCCCCAAGCUAAUAAUACAAGCACACACUCGAAGAAAAAAAACUACUACCCUAUCUGUCAAGCCAAAUAUUACGAAAUCCCCAAAGUAAUCAAAACUACUGGCAGUUGAAGUGGGGCUUAAUCAACCGUCUUCAGAAAAGUCUAGCAUCGUCAUUAUAUUGGGAACUCUGUAGCAGAUAUUGGAACCGUUACCAUCGGGGCGACUACUGCAACCAGUUAAAGAAGCAGAAUUUCCAGUACCAGUCUCAUCAAAUGUGAAGAAGGGCAAGAAGACCAUGGAAGCCACAUAAUCAUGGCCUUGAGAGACUGAGUUCUCAGAAGUUAGGCACAUCAUGCAGCAUUCCCAAGUAGAGUUUUCUCUCUGUUUAUGUUAUUUUCUCUUCCGAGGAAGAAUCAAAUGAAGAACCCUGAGAACCCAAGUGCUAUUAGAGAUACAGUCCAGAAGACUGCUCCCGUUCAGCACCACAAUGCCAAGUUUCUUUCUUUGGGUCCUGAAAAUUCAACAUCAAGUAAUGGAAUUUAUUAGGAAUUUAAAAUCUGAAGGUCGAUAGAGACAUACAGAAGACCACAAAAGGGGCGAAGCACAUCCGCGGAGAA